GUUUAGUGGGAUUGCAUAGGGGACACGUGUCUGUCAUACAUUUUACGUUGGAUUCUUUCAGGAUACGUGUCUUUAAAAAAAAUCACUGAAAUUUGAAGUGCGAGGUGAAUUCUAGCGCACUUUUUCAAAAGGACACAUCAGUGUAAACCAAACCGGAGAGAAUCUGAAAAAAAUGGCCACCAAACCCGUACAAAACAAGACCAAAUCGGCCAAAUCUGGCAGCGCCAGCGGCAGCAGCUUUAAGGAAAUCUGGGACCGGGCACUGAAGCCAAACUCGGAAUGGGCGGAGAAGGACGACUUCCUGGAUGUGAUCUACUGGUCCCGGCAGAUCAUCGGCAUCCUGAUUGGCGUCGUGAUGGGCAUCGUUCCGCUGAAGGGCUUCAUCGCGUUGGCCCUGUUUGCGUUGAUAAACUGCGGCAUCGUGUACCUGUACUCGACCAGCUAUCAGUCGGUUGACGAGGAAGCCUACGGCGGAAUCUGGGAAAUCAUCAAGGAGGGAUUCAUGACGUCGUUUGCGUGCUUCCUGGUGACGUGGAUCAUAUUUUACACCGGAAUACACUUUGACUCGGUAACGACGGCCAAGAUGCAAUGAUUGUUUUUUAAGUAAAUGCAAAUACUCUGUCUUCAGCAGUGGAUAAUAACUAAUUUAUGUUUGAAUAAUGAUUAAAGCAAGUUAAGCAAAUAAAGUCAACCAAAUUGAGAGGAACGUGUGAAC